GUCGAUCUUUCGCACUUGUCCCCAGAGGAGAGAUGGAGGGUGGAGCAUGCACGGAUGCAUGCCAAGCACCGUGGUCACGAGGCUAUGCAUGCUGAAAUGGUCCUCAUCCUUAUCGCCACGCUAGUGGUGGCACAGCUCCUGUUGGUUCAGUGGAAACAGAGGCACCCUCGCUCCUACAACAUGGUCACCCUCUUCCAGAUGUGGGUAGUGCCUCUGUAUUUCACGAUCAAGUUGUACUGGUGGCGGUUCCUGGUAAUCUGGGUGCUCUUCUCAGCAGUCACAGCUUUUGUCACCUUCAGGGCAACUCGAAAACCUCUGGGACAGACAACACCCAGGCUGGUUUAUAAAUGGUUUCUACUAAUAUACAAGAUCAGCUAUGCCACUGGAAUCGUAGGGUACAUGGCUGUGAUGUUUACACUCUUUGGUCUUAACUUAUUAUUCAGAAUCAAACCAGAAGAUGCAAUGGACUUUGGCAUCUCCCUCCUCUUCUACGGUCUUUACUACGGGGUGCUGGAGCGAGACUUCGCCGAGAUGUGUGCGGAUUACAUGGCCUCGACGGUUGGGUUCUACAGCGCCUCGGGGAUGCCCACCAAGCACCUCUCCGACAGCGUCUGUGCAGUCUGCGGCCAGCAGAUCUUCGUGGACGUCAAUGAGGAGGGGAUCAUCGAGAACACCUACCGCCUCUCCUGCAACCACGUGUUUCACGAGUUCUGCAUCCGUGGCUGGUGCAUUGUCGGGAAGAAGCAGACGUGUCCCUACUGCAAAGAGAAGGUGGAUCUCAAGAGGAUGUUCAGUAACCC